CAACGGUUUGGGGACCUCUCCUCUAAAGUCUAAAUCACGGUCACAAUGGCUUUUUAUUGUCAGCAGCACAGCUACGAAACAGAGCUCACGACUAAAGUAGUAUCAUGCAAGCAGGCACAGAUGAAAUUGGAGGUCAAUGGACGUAAGCAGAAUGUGAAAGGAUUUGAACUAAUUUUGGAAGACACUGUUCUUUUUCCAGAAGGAGGGGGCCAGCCUGAUGACAGAGGAACUAUAAAUGAUGCAGAAGUUCUCAGAAUAACAAGGAGGGGUGCAGAUGCCAUUCAUUUUGUGACAUCAUCUUUUGAUCCGGGGUCAGAGGUUAAACAAACUGUUGAUUGGCAGAGGAGAUUCGAUCACAUGCAACAACACUCUGGCCAGCAUCUUGUCACUGCGAUCGCCGACAAUACAUAUGGAUGGAAAACAACAUCAUGGGAUCUUGGAAGAGAGAAGUCUUUUAUUGAAUUGGACACACCCAAGAUAUCCCAAGAACAACUUAUACAGCUUGAGAAAGAUGUCAACGAGGCAAUCAGAAAAUGUAUUCCAAUGACCCCGAGAUUGGUUGAACUUGGUUCCAAAGAGUUGCAAGAGGUCCGUACGCGUGGAUUACCUGAUGACCAUGUAGGUCUAGUUAGGAUCGUGGAGAUUGAAGGCAUAGAGGCAAACAUGUGCUGUGGAACUCAUGUUUCUAAUCUUAGUCACCUACAGGCUAUCAAGCUCCUUGGUGCUGAGAAGGGGAAGAAAGGGAAGACAAAUCUCUACUUUCUAGCCGGUAAUAGGGUCCUCUCCUACCUUGGCAAAUGCUACAGCAACGAGAAGGCCCUCAACUUAUCUCUCAAAUGUGGCCCUGAUGAGCACAUCCAACAAGUUGACAAAAUACAGAAGUCAUUGAAGUCGGCGAACAAGACAUCACUAACCCUACUGAGGGAGCUUGCUGUGCUAGAAGCCAGGCAUUACAAACUCAAUCCUAACCGGGAUCCAUUAUUAUCCAUCCAUCGCAAAGAGGGCGAUGCAGAAUACAUGAUCAUUGUGGCCAAUGAAGUAGGACCCGAGAAUGCACUGAUGUUGCUCUCAACUGGUGAGGAAAAUGGAGCUGGUCUCUUUUUAGUUGCUGGACCAACAGAUGUAGUUGAAGAGGCAGGGCCCAGAGUUGCAUCAUUACUUGAAGGGAAGGGAGCAUGUAAGAAUGGUCGUUACCAGGGUAAGGCAACCAAGCUAUCCAAGAGAUCAGAAGCAGAAGAGCUUCUAAGAGAAUUCACACACAAACUUAACUUAAACAGUUGAGAGAGAGAAGAUAGAGAGAGAGAGAGGAAGAAACAUGAAUGGAAGAGUGUGAGUCAGGGUGUGAACAUGUGUGUGUGUGUGUGUGUGUGUGAGAGAGAGAGAGAGAGAGAAGAGUAGAGAAGAAAAAGACAGAGGGUGUGAGGCAAUUGAGCAUAUUUCCAUAGUCUUCAAGCAAAGACUCUAAUUCAAUUAUUGAAGAUAUUCAAAUAGCUAUUCUCAUAUGGCGCGUUGCAAGAAACUUGCGAUCAAUUUCAAGUCUAUUUUCA